UAUGGAAUUUCAUGUUAUUAUUCGGAGGAUGAGGAUGCCUUGCCAUCGGCUGAAAGUAAUGAUUUCUCACCGUCGAACAAAAGCAUUUUCUUCCUAGAGACGUCGUGUCGCUCUAGCUUGAAUUCGAGAGAUCUGUGUGCCAUAGAGUCGGCGGCGAGAGCGCAUGCCGACUACCAAAUAAACGUGCUGUUCACUGCACCAAUCUCAGAAGAGAUUCUCGAACAUGUCAGCCUCGAACAAAAAUUCAAGAACGUUCGAUUUGCAAGAAUACAUAUAGAUGAAUACUCUAAGAAUACUCCAGUGCAAGAGAUCGUCCGGAGCGGCGCCUUGGAUAGCUCACAGUGGGGAGUGGAGCAUACAUCGGACUUAUUAAGAUAUUUAACUUUAUACAAAUUUGGUGGUAUUUAUUUGGAUUUGGAUGUGGUGGUUGCGAAACGUUUGAGCACCUUGGCUGCGAACUGGGCGGCCAGAGAGAGCGAAUUGACAGUGAGCAACGGCGCUAUGGCCUUUUCGUUGGACAGCGACGGUAGAAGUAUUGCUGAAGCUGCGAUAAGCGAAAUUAAGAGCAGUUUCCGAAACGACUUGUGGAGCUACAACGGGCCAGGAGUCAUUACUAGAGUGUUAAAGAUAAGGUGCAAUACUACUGACCUCAAACGCAUGACCUCUGACAUAUGUCAAGGAUUUGAAGUGUAUGGGCCAGAACUUUUUUACCCAAUUAAAUGGGAAAAUGGCCAUAAAUAUUUCGAGCCGGGAAUACUCGAGAACAAAGAUGCAUAUAUUUAUCACGUGUGGAAUCAUGUAACAAGAAAUCGCACGCCCAACAAAAGUUCCCCGUACGCACACCUUGCUCGAACAUUCUGCCCGUCGACUUACACAUUAUAUGGCGAUCGAUUUGGAUUAUAAUCUAUUAGAACGCCAUGCCGCGACAAAAUAGAAUUUGU